UCGAGCGGUUUGUCCUUCGGUGCGCACCGUCGUGCAACGUAACUUCCGUGGUUAUGUAUUUCCGGUUUAGGUUAUUUCGCCCAUGCUCAUGAAAUAUAUUCAACGCCAAAAGCUGAGAGAGCAGGACCUAGUCAAACCACAGCCAAAAUGUUGAAAUUAGAAGGACUCGGGCCUAAAAUGGAUCCAGAGGAGAUGAAGAAGAAAAUGCGACAAGAUGUGAUCACAUCUUUACGAAACUUCCUUAUUUACGUCGUCCUUCUCCGAGCCACUCCAUAUGUGUUAAAGAAGCUGGACAGCAUAUGAGCGAAGCAGCAGGCUUCUCCUUUCCUCCAUCCACUGAGUUUACAGCCUCAGAGAAAGUGCGGACCAUCUUUUGCAGACAGAUGAGGCUGUUACAAC